UAUAUCUCUCUCUAUUCUCUAUAUAAGGGAAGAUAUACCCGUCGCCUCGCUCCCCCUCUCUGUGUAUCAGCCUCCCAAUUCGAAGCAGACGUCUCCAAUUCGAAGAAUUCAGGGGAUUUCUGCACUUGGAAUUUGUGUCACCAUGAGCAGUCAGGAACAAGUUAAGAGGUAUAAUAGGGCAAGAACUAGGAAGCGAGUGCUAGAUGUUGAUCUCAAUACUGUGCCGCAAUGUGAGAAUCGCGAUCAAGAGGGGCCAUCAUAUAAUACUAGGUCGCAGGACAGGCAGGCAGCUCAAGGAGUCACCACAACACAACCUCCACCAAUUGAUCUAGAGGCAAUAGAUGAUGAUGUUGUUCUUUGUUCACCUAGAGCAUUUGCCCAAGCCAAAAAUAAUUCCAGGAGGAACUGUCGCCGGACUAUUGUGGUUGACUUAGAGGCUGAGGAAAGGUUAUCUCGCAACAAGCGCAGAAGGGUUCCCUCUAAUCAGCCUAUAAUAAAUUGUGAGCUUUACAUAAACCUCGAAGACGGCAACAAUUCAAUGAGAAAAAGUGGACAAAGCACACUUACACCACCAUUACCUCCAGUGCCACCAGAGGACCCUACAUUCAGCUGUCCGAUAUGCAUGAGCCCCAUAGUGGAGGAAACAUCAACGAAAUGCGGUCACAUAUUCUGCAAGGCAUGCAUAAAAGCUGCCAUCGCUGCUCAGAGCAAAUGUCCAACCUGCCGAAAGAGAACUACUGCAAAAGAUUUAAUUCGAGUAUACCUUCCCGCUACUAGAAGUACUUGAGGUUGCUGCUGCUUCUCCUGCUGUAUUGUGAGGAUGGCACCCAGAAAACAGGUGGUCGAGGAUUAAGAGCUCUUUCUGUGGGUCACGGCGCUGUGUUUGGUCUUCAUUUCAAUGCCCAUUUACCCAUAGUAUAUCAUCUGCCAUAGGUGAUGAUAGACGACUCUUUUACUAUCCGUUGUAUUAGUGAAUAUGCUGUGGUGCGACGACGAUGAUGAUGAUGAUACCUUGUAUGAUUUAUUUGAUUGCAUAAUUUACUGUUUCCCAAAGCAAAGCAUUUUUCGUUUUGUGAUUGCAACAGCAGCAUAAUUUACUAGUAUUUUCAAGAUGUCUUACAAGUAGUAAUCAUCCAACUCCAAUUUGAUUUCCUUUUCUCCAUGGCC